AUGGAUCAACACAGAAAGGAUAUGAAUCUCGAUGUCAAUAGAAAAUUUAAUAAAUUUCUACUGGAGCGUUCCAAAAUCCUGGAUGACAUCAAACAAUUUUUGAACAUGGUUUUAACUUUUCUUUCGCAGUUUCCACACGGCAAAUGGAAAAAAAUUAAAAAAUCGAAAGGUUUCAAGGUUCAAGAAAGCUUGGCUAAAUUGAUGGAAUCCUUAUGCUUCAUGCAUGCUUUGUACGGCUAUCCGAAAUCAAACCCAGAAACUAUAGUUGUAGACAAAGCCGCAAUUGUCACGUUUUUGAGCGAUAUCGAGGAAGGCAUUAAAGAAAAGACAAAUUUUGUACUAGAAAAUGAUUCGGAUAGCGGUAAGCCCAGAAAAAGGCCGUGUACGGGAAUUGAAUUUGUGAUGAAAAAAAGAGACAUCGAAAAUAGAUUUAAGCGGAUUACGGAAAACAAGGAAAAAGUACCGAUAACUUUGAAUGUAACCUACGACUACGACGUUGACGUGGAAAAUGUGUUCUAUAACAAGUUUAAAGAUACCUUAACAACUGUAAACAAAGAUGCCGUUAAAACGUUAGUGGAGGAUAUGACUGGAGAAAACGGAGAAAAGUUUAGCAAAUAUUGUUCACAGAUAGAUAAAGAAAAUUUUUGGAAAGAAUUCAAUUUUUUUCAGGAAGAGUGCCUUCUUGCAAACCAAGUCAGAGAACCAGCACGCAUUUAUCAACUAAUGAUAAAAGAUAUGUUUAGUGAAAAUCCUGAAGCAAUUGACGUUUAUGGCAAAAAACUUUUGUCGAGCCUGCCGAAAGAAAAUUGUUUAAAACCCGCAGUGUGGGCAGAACGCAAAAACGAAAACAACGGCAAAGAAUAUGGUGUUUCUCUUGGCGACUGA